CCAUGCGCAUCUUCCAAACUGAGACGCUAGUCUCUCUCUCUCUCUCUCUAUCUCUCUUUCAUUUCCUCCACAAAUUCAGCCAUUUUUCCAACUUAAUUCUGCCCGGUAAUUCUGUUUUUCAAUUCCCAAACUCUCUCUCUAAAGGCUCUCUGUUUCUCUGAUUACGCCUUUGGGUUUCUUCCCAAAUUUUCUCUCUUUGUCUCUCUCUGAAUUCUUAUAAAUUCACUUUCUUCUUCUUCUUCUUCUUCUUCAGCAAGCCUCACAUGCUUAAACCUAGCUUUGUUUUUUCUGUUUUCCUGAAAAGCAAUUUGAUUCCGUGAAAUCAAAUUUUCCUCUGUUCUGCUCCAAAAGUUUGCAAAUUUGUACAGUGUUGAAUUUUCUGUGAAGGCUGUGUUUUUCGUCAUUUUGUGAAAUUUGAGCAACUGGGUAUCAGAAAGCUUGCCGUAAAACCAUGUCGCAACCUCUGAUCGACCCGGCAUUGCCGGAUUCGUCGUCUUCGAGCGCUAGCUCUGUUUCCGGGAGAUCUGUGGAGGAGAAUCGACCAUUCUCACAUCUUAGAGGCGUGCAGUGGCGUAUAAAUCUUGGGAUUUUGCCCUCUUCUUCUUCCUCUUCCAUUGAUAAUCUCCGUCGGGUCACCGCUGAUUAUCGAAGGAGAUAUGCUGGUUUGAGAAGGCGCCUCCUAGUUGAUCCACAUAUUCCGAAGGAUGGAAGUAAUUCUCCUAAUCUUGUUAUGGACAAUCCGCUCUCACAAAACCCUGAUAGCACCUGGGGUCGUUUCUUUCGAAGUGCUGAGCUGGAGAAAAUGGUUGACCAGGAUUUGUCACGUUUAUAUCCAGAACAUGGGAGCUAUUUCCAGACACCCGGAUGCCAAGGCAUGUUGAGACGAAUCUUGUUAUUGUGGUGCCUUAGACAUCCAGAGCAUGGUUACAGACAAGGAAUGCAUGAACUAUUGGCUCCUCUGUUGUACGUUCUUCAAGUUGAUGUGGAGCGGCUUUCUCAAGUUCGAAAGCUUUACGAAGAUCACUUCACUGACAAAUUUGAUGGCCUAUCAGUUCAUGAUAGUGAUCUUACAUAUAAUUUUGAUUUUAAAAAAUCUCCAGAUAAUAUGGAGGAUGAGAAUGGGUCCCACGGAAAUGUGAUGAGAGUUAGGAGUCUUGAUGAGCUUGAUCUUGAGAUACAGACCAUUGUGAUGCUGAGCGAUGCUUAUGGGGCUGAAGGUGAACUGGGUAUUGUCUUAUCUGAGAAAUUUAUGGAACAUGAUGCAUAUGGCAUGUUUGAUGCUUUGAUGAGUGGGUCCUGUGGUUCGGUCGCAAUGGCAGAUUUCUUCUCUCCCACACCUGCAGGUGGGUCCCACUCUGGCUUACCUCCUGUCCUCGAAGCAUCUGCUGCACUAUAUCACCUGCUGUCUCUUGUUGACUUGUCUUUACACAGCCACCUUGUUGAGCUUGGGGUUGAACCCCAGUACUUUGCACUUCGCUGGUUACGGGUAUUAUUUGGACGUGAAUUUUCACUUGAAGACCUAUUGAUAGUCUGGGAUGAGAUAUUUGCAUCAGACAAUAGUAAAUUAGACAAAGGUGCCAAAGAUGACAUUGGGUCCAGCUUCGGAGUCCUUAAUUCACCCCGGGGAGCAUUUAUAUCAGCUAUGGCAGUUUCAAUGCUACUUUAUUUGAGAUCUUCGCUGCUUGCCACUGAACAUGCUACUUCCUGUCUUCAGAGAUUGUUAAACUUUCCUGAGAAUGUAAAUUUAAAGAAACUGAUAGAAAAGGCGAAGUCCUUCCAGGCUCUUGCACUGAGUACCAAUCUCUCAUCCUCAUCUCCUUCAUUCGGUGGGGUUUUUAACCAGAGUAAAUCAGCUGUUGUAAGAGGUCACAGCCUAUCAUCUGAUUGUAUUUCUCCAAAAACUCCUUUAAAUAUGGUACCUGAGAGCUACUGGGAAGAGAAGUGGAGAGUUCUACACAAGGCUGAAGAACUUGGACAAGGUGAUUUAAAGAAACAAGUUCCAACUCCAAAGAGAGGGUGGGCAGAAAAAGUAAAAUUGCGUCUUUCCAGAACAGGAUCAUCUCCAGCAAAAGUUGAGAGUGACAAAAAGGACAGCAAGCCAUACGUUAGGCGAAGUUUGCUGGAAGAUCUCUCUCGAGAACUUGGCUCAGAUGAAGACAUUGAGCAAGUAUGCUGCGAUGAUGUUUUAAGCCAGAAGGACAAUAUCUCUGUAGAAGCUGAGGUGGAGGAACAAGAUGCUGUGGAGAAGGAAAUUACUUGCAGUGCUGAGGGGAUAUGUUUGGGUGGGAAUGCUGGCAGUGAAGAAAACUCAUCUAUAUUUUCAGUCCCUACAAGUCCUCUAAGUGGGGCUAAUGACCAUGAAAAUGACUCUGAGAAAAGUAGUGUUGCAUCAAAUUUAUCACUUGAUGAAAAUGAUGAUCAUUUGGGGACUAUCCCAGAUGAAUCACCUCUUCCAGUUUCCGAUCACCCUGAGGAUGUAUGCCAAAAAUCUGGAUGUGACAAUGACUCCGUGGGAAAUUCAGUGACAGGUUUAAAAGAGCGAAAGCUUCUUUCAGGUAAAUUCCCGUGGUUUUGGAAGUUUGGGCGGAAUGCUUCUGGUGAGGGUACAUCUGAGAAAGGAGAUUCCCCUGAGGCUACAAAAUCUGCCAGCAGUGCAAACGACCAAGACAAUACUGCUGCCUCUCCUGCUGCUAAUGCUUCUUGCAACUCUUCCGCUAGCUGCAAAGAAGAUGAUAUGGACCAGAAUGUGAUGGGUACUUUGAGGAAUCUUGGGCAGUCUAUGCUUGAACAUAUUCAGGUAAUUGAGUCUGUUUUCCAGCAAGAUCGAGGUCAGGUGGGAUCAUUGGAGAACUUCUCUAAAAAUGGUUUAGUUGGAAAAGGACAAGUCACAGCCAUAACAGCUCUUACUGAGCUACGGAAAAUCAGCAAUCUUUUAUCUGAGAUGUGAGUAAGGACUGAUUCAAGAAUUGGUUGAGAUUAUCACGUCAGCAUUGUUAGAAAGUGGUUUCUAGCAUUACUCAAUUCGGAGUUCCAAAAAGCCUCGAACAAAUCUUGGUGCAAAUUUUUCAAUCAAAUUGUUCUUUUGGUCUUUUGGCUCAUUUGAUAUACAGCGUACAAGCAGUGGAUUGCGGACCCUUACUUUAGUCUGACAAGAUAGUGAGAUGUGGAAUGAUGAAGAUUUCCUAUUAUUAGGUUAUCUAAAUUUCUGUGAAAUUUGGAAGUCUCGAGUGAGAGAGUUGCGAGACUCACCUGCAAUAGAGAAGCAGAACGCCUUAACGAACAUCUCCAAACUACCAAAAUUUAAUGAUCGUAAUUGAUAGCGUUGGUACAUCUGAGUUAUAACUCCCCAGUCUAGCCAAAACUAGUCAAAAUUGUCCAAUUUUGUUUAACCAAGCUCAGUUUAGGGCAACCUGCCUUGUAUAUUUCUUAUUUAAUGAUAUAUCUUACUUGUUAUGACAAGAAAAAAAUGUAGAACAGUGCAUACAAGCAAUUUAGGGUCUAUCUAUAACUCUUAGCGUUGGGGAUUCUACUGCCUUGAUAAAUGGGUUGUUGUUUAUAGUGGAUUGAAUUGUCUAGUGACCACUUUAAUUAAACCUCAUUGAAGAUGUUGUGCCA